AUGGCAAAUACCGAUGAUGCUGUAGCUCAAUUAAUACAUCAACUUAAAUCGGGUACAGUUUUAGUCAAACACAAGCCCAGUGGAAAAAAGUAUUCUCGUUACUUUUUUCUUCACGAACGGGAAGGUUACAUAACAUAUGAUAAAUCGAAUAAAUUUCGUGGUAAACCACGAAUAUAUCAGCUAAAUGAUAUUGAUGAAAUUAGAACAGGAUUUCAAUCACAAACAUUUGAUCAACUUAUUAAACGUGGUAAAAUCAAAUCAGCUGAUCAAAAUCUUGCUUUUUCGAUCAUAUAUGAUAAUCAUCGAAGAGAAGCACAUUUUAUUGCAUCUGAUAUAGAAACACGAGAGUCAUGGGUAAAAGGUUUACAACAUUUGGUAGAGCAGCGUUCACAAAAACGUCAACAUCAUUUAAUUGGAGAAGAAAAUUGGAUUUUGGAAUAUUUUCAUGCUGCUGAUAAAAAUAAGUCUAAUACAUUAUCCAAAAAAGAAUGUCGUGAUCUACUGGCAAAUUCUUUAAACAUUGAAAUGCCUGAUAAUAUAUUUGAACAAAUGUUUCAUAAUAUACAUCAAACUCAACAUGGUUCUUUGAAUCCUAAAGAAUUUAUAAGCUUUUUUAAAAUGUUAACACAGCGUAAAGAUCUUUAUGACAUAAUGAAAAAAAUUGCAAAAUUUGGAUAUCAACAAACAAUGGAAAAUAUUUAUAUGGAUAAAAAUGAAUUAUUAUAUUUUCUUCGACUAACAAGAAAUCAAAAUAUGAAUCAUGUUGACAGUCUAAAUCAAGCACAGAAAGUAAUUGAUGAAUUUGAAAUGAAUACUGAAUUUCGUGAAAAAGGUUUUUUAAGUCUUGACGGUUUUCGAAAUAUGUUAUUAUCAAGAAAUUUUGAUAUUACGGAAUCGUCGUCUUCUCGUGAAAUAUAUCAAGAUAUGACAAGACCAUUAUGUGAUUAUUAUAUUAAUACUUCCCAUAAUACUUAUUUAUUCUACAGUCAACUAUCCGGUGAUAGUAAUCCAGAAGCAUAUAAUCGAGUCUUAUUGAUGGGCUGUCGAGCUCUUGAAUUUGAUUGUUAUGAUGGUGAUGAUGGUCAACCGAUAGUUAAACAUGCUUUUACACUUGUAAAACCAUGUUCUUUUGAAUCAAUUAUUCGUCUUAUACAACCAAAUCUUUUUAAAACUUCUCCUUAUCCAGUUAUUUUAAAUAUUGAAAAUCAUUGUUCACCCGCACAACAAAAACAACUGGCUCGAAUUUUGAAAAAUUAUCUUGGUGAUUAUUUGGUUACAAAACAUUUAUCCAAUCAAGAUCUACAUGUUUUACCAUCACCAGAAGAUUUAAAAUAUAGAGUUCUCGUUCGUAGUGUACCAGUGGCAAAAUCAAAGAAAUCAAAUGAGACAUCGUCGUCAGAAGAAGCUAGUGAACAUUCUUCAUGGAAUCCAUCAAGCAAAACCAUUAUUUAUUUAUUCUACAGUCAACUAUCCGGUGAUAGUAAUCCAGAAGCAUAUAAUCGAGUAUUAUUGAUGGGCUGUAGAGCUCUUGAAUUUGAUUGUUAUGAUGGUGAUGAUGGUCAACCGAUAGUUAAACAUGCUUUUACACUUGUAAAACCAUGUCCUUUUGAAUCAAUUAUUCGUCUUAUACAACCAAAUCUUUUUAAAGCUUCUCCUUAUCCAGUUAUUUUUAAUAUUGAAAAUCAUUGUUCACCCGCACAACAAAAACAACUGGUUCGAAUUUUGGAAAAUUGCCUUGGUGAUUGUUUGGUUACAAAACAUUUAUCCAAUAAAGAUCUACAUGUUUUACCAUCACCAGAAGAUUUAAAAUAUAGAGUUCUCAGUGUACCAGUGUCAACAUCAAAAAAAUUAAAUGAGACAUCGUCGUCAGAAGAAGAUGAUGAAUGUUCUUCAUGGAAUCCAUCAAGAAAAAAAUUCUUUCUUAUAACGAGUGAUCGAAAAGUAUUUUGA